UCCCAGUGUCAAGCCAUGCCAGAGAUAAGAUAUGAAAUGAAGGAUGAGAAGUCAGCCUCUACAAAGAAUAAGAACUUAUCUCAAAAGCUUGACAUCAAACAAAAGCUCAUCAGCUUGAGAUGGCGUAUCCUCAAUCAAUAUGUCUCAGUAUUUGUUUCUUCAAAGAAGAAAGCAAAGAGUGUGACCAAAAAGAAUCUCAAAAGGAGAUCUAAAUAUAUCGGGGUAUCUAAGAACAAUGCUAACUGGCAAGCCCUUAUCAAUGUCAACCAGAUCAAGAAGUACAUUGGUACCUUCACCGAUGAGCUCCAGGCAGCUAGAGCAUACGACUUAUACUCAGUAGCAAUGAAGGGUGAAGAAGCCUCUCUAAAUUUCGACUACACUCCUUCAGAUAUGCUGGAAAGGAUACAGUAUUUCCUUGAGUACGAUUAUAUAAAAUAUGAUUAAUAACUUUCCUUUCACCACAAAAUAUG